AUGGGCAUUGAGAAGCAACGCAGUGACCUCUCCCGGGAACUGGAAGAGCUAACCGACAGACUUGAAGAAGCUGGAGGUGCUACCACAGCUCAGAUUGAGCAGAACCGCAAACGGGAAGCCGAGCUGCUUAAGCUCCGGCGAGAACUGGAAGAAGCCGCCUUGCAGAGCGAGGCCACGGCCUCCACCUUGCGCAAGAAGCACACCGACGCCAUGGCCGAGAUGACCGAACACCUGGAGAACCUUCAAAGGGUCAAAUCCAAGCUGGAGAAAGACAAGCAGGUCAUGAAGGCCGAGAUCGAUGAUCUCAGCAGCAGCAUGGAAAACGUCCAGAAGUCCAAGAUUAAUGCCGAAGCUCAUGUCCGCAGAUUGGAGGAUAACCUGGCUGAAGUCAACGCCCGAUUGGCUGAGAUGGAAAGGAAUCAAGCAGAAACGAACGCCGUCAGGAACAGACUCCAAGCUGAGAACAACGAGCUGAGCAGGGAGCAUGAAGAAGGUCAGUCGCGGCUCAAUCAAGUCCUUCGGGUCAAGACAUCCCUCACUUCCCAAGUGGACGACUUCAAGCGACAGCUGGACGAAGAAUCCAAGGCCCGCAGUGCUGCAGUGGUCAGUCUGGCCAACACCAAACACGACCUGGAUUUGAUCAAAGAGCAGCUGGAGGAGGAGCAAACCGGCAAAGCUGAGCUCCAACGCUUGGUCUCCAAGCUCAACACUGAAGUUACAACCUGGAGGACCAAAUAUGAAACCGAUGCUAUUCAGAGAACAGAGGAACUGGAAGAGACUAAGAGAAAACUGACCGCCCGUCUUCAGGAAGCAGAGGAAGCGGCUGAAACUGCGCAAGCUCGAGUAGCCAGCAUGGAGAAGUACAAGCAGAAGCUCCAGAUGGAAGUGGAAGAUCUAACUUUGGAUCUUGAAAAGUCCAACGCAGCCUGUGCUGCCCUGGAUAAGAAACAACGGGCCUUUGACAAGAUGAUGGCUGAAUGGCAACAGAAGUGUGAGGAGCUCCAAUUGGAGGUAGACAAUUCCCAGAAGGAAUGUCGCAUGUACAUGACGGAGAACUUCAAGCUCAAGACCGCCUAUGAGGAAGCCCUGGAGCAGCUGGAAUCCGUGAAGAAGGAAAACAAGACUCUUCAGGAGGAAAUCAAGGAUCUCAUUGACCAAUUGGGUGAGGGAGGUAGAAGUGUCCACGAACUGCAGAAGAUAAAGAAGAAGUUGGAAAUUGAAAAAGACGAGCUUCAGGUGGCCCUGGAGGAAGCUGAGUCUUCCCUGGAGGUGGAAGAGAGCAAGCUGAUUCGCAUUCAGCUGGAGCUGGCUCAAGUCAAGGCAGACAUUGACAGGAGAAUCCAUGAGAAGGAGGAGGAAUUUGAAGCCACAAGGAAGAAUCACCAGCGUGCCAUCGAAUCUCUACAAUCUAGCCUGGAACUGGAGGCCAAGGGGCGAGCAGAGGCCCUGAGGCUGAAAAAGAAGAUGGAGACAGACCUGAAUGAAAUGGAGAUCCAGCUGGACCAUGCCAAUAAGAACAACAGCGAGCUGGUCAAGACCUUGAAGAAACUCCAGCAACAGAUCAAGGACAUGCAGAUGCAGAUGGACGAAGAUGCUCGCCAACACGAAGAGCUGAGGGAACAAUACAAUCUUCAAGAACGCCGGCUCAGCCUUCUCCAGACGGAGUUGGAAGAGGUGCGCAUCGGCCUGGAGGGCAGCGAACGCUCACGGAAGCUCAUCGAGCAAGAAUUGGUGGAUGUCUCCGAAAGGCACAACGAACUCAACGUUCAUAACCAGAGCUUGCUAGUGAUCAAGCGCAAAUUGGAAUCUGACCUCACGCGCAUCAGCAACGAACACGAGGAACUCAUCAGCGAAUUCCGAUCGACGGAUGAGAGGGCGAAGAAAGCUGUGGCGGAUGCCACCCGCAUGGCUGAAGAACUGCGGCAGGAACAAGAUCACUCCAUGCAUCUGGAGAAGAUCAAGAAGAACUAUGAGAUCACCAUCAAGGACCUGCAGGUCAAGAUGGAAGAAGCUGAGCAACUGGCUCUGAAAGGUGGGAAAAGGACCAUCAUGAAGCUGGAGACCCGGAUCAAGGAACUGGACACCGAGCUGGACUCCGAACAAAAGCGCCACGUGGAGACGGUGAAGCUGCUGCACAAGAACGAGCGGCGUCUGAAGGAGCUGGUCUUCCAGACGGAGGAGGACCACAAGACCAACCAGCGCAUGCAGGAACUGGUGGAAAAACUGCAGAACAAGCUGAAGAUCUACAAGAGGCAGAUUGAGGAGUCUGAGGAGCAAGCAAACCAGAACUUGGCCAGGUACCGGAAAACGGUGCACGAGCUGGAUGAUGCCGAAGAGAGAGCAGGCAUGGCGGAAUCCGCCCUGAACAAACUCCGCACCAGGCACCGCCUCUCCACUGGCAAAGCCUUCACAUCCGUGGAGAUCAUACAGGUCUCCAAAUCAGGCAGCUCCAAGUCAGUUGCCGAGGAAUGAAACUCCCCUCUGGCCCUGCAGCCGUCUGACAGGCUAAGCAUCUCAGAUGGCUGCAGCGUGGGAAAAUUGCUCACCACCGUAGGGAGGACCGGAUCAGCCCAAAACAUUUAAAAGGCACUUGCAAGGAAGUACGAGAAGGAGAGUGGACAGGAAGAAGAGCUUCUUGGCCCUUUAGGGGGAAGAAAAGGGAUCCGCUAACCAUCCAUCCAAGCGUCCAAUUUUCUUCAUCAAGAAGGUGAUGGACCAUGGACAAGUUCUCAAAGAGUCAAGGCGUCUGUUCUGAAUGCAGUCUGUUGCGUUUUCAUGUCAAGGACGGAAAACGUUAGGAGGUCCAGUUUGGGUUGUCUCUUGUAAAUGCUACCCUACUUGGAGCAAUCUUCAUGUUUAGUCUGAAUAAAGCUUCAUCCUUUGGGGAAAAAAGAGAUUUGAUGGAGUUAUUUGCUUUCCCGUUGUUAGGUAAGCUCCCCGUUGGGAGAGCGAGUACGUUCAGCGAAGCGUUGUGAGAGU